CUUAUGCCAGUGUAAGUGUGUGGUGAGGCCACACCACUGAAGACAUUGAGGAUAUACCACGAGGGAGAGACAAAACUGUUGAAGGAAGGAGUCACUGGCUCCACCUGACCACCUUGUUCCUCACACUUUCAUCAUCCUCCGUAAUACUGCUUCAAGUCUCUGCUCGGCUACCAAGGACGAUAGCAAACACAACUUCUACCCAUUAAUGAUGGAUAACAAGCCAGAGGAAUGUUCAGUGUGUUAUAACGAUUAUGACGACAAUCAGCUACGGCCUCGCACACUGCCGUGCGGCCACACAUUCUGCUCCCAGUGUAUUGACAAUGCUAUCGAGAAUGGUCAACUGUCCUGCCCCAACUGCCGUGCCCAGCACGCUGCCACAGCUGCUACUCAGUUCCCAAUUAGCUACGCUGUGGAGGCUUUUGUUAGGAAACUGAAAGAUAUCCAGCUAACACAAAAGAAAACUGUACCAGUAAAAAAGAAGUUACAUUCCCUGGUGCAGGAGCAGAAGAGCAGCAUCAGCAGCCUCAUUACUAGCUGUGAAGAGGUACUGUCCCAGCUGGGGGAGUAUCGGGGCCAAUUGGGGGACUGGAAGACUUGCCACCUCCAGCUCCAUGACAGACUCUAUGCUCUGGUAGAGCAGAACAAGUCAGCAAUGAAGCUCUUGGAACUGGAGGAUACCAGUGUGGUGGAUAUGACAACACAAGGAGAGGAAGGGAAGACUCAGCUGAAGGCCAUGGUGGGGAACCUCGACACAGGCAACACCCCACAGGAAGUUUACACAACCAUAGGCACAGCUGAUGAGUGCAGCAUGAAGGUAGAAGAUUGGCUCAAGAAGUGCCAGGAACUCUUCCCAGAUGUCAAGACUGUCCACACCUCAGUGAAGGUGCAGGAGACCAUCAGGGAGGCCCUGGAGAUGACGACCACAGAGACAGGUGCCACAGCUGACCCCGUACACCUGGGAGACUCAGCCUCCAGCAUCAUGAAUAAAGUUUAGCAAAUCACUGGACAGAUCCACCAGA